CGUCGUCUUUUUCCACAGUCGUGUUGUGUUCCCGAUCAUGUGGUUUAUGUGAGGAUUAUGUGGCUACACAGUGUAUUAGUCUUAUGUGUCUUCAGCUGUCUGGGAGGAUGCGCUCGCCACGUUCCUGAGGAUGAUUUAUGGUCAGAGGUGGCCCCCGGUAUACAAGGGGCAGACUACGACAACAGUGUGGCCUACGCCGACUAUACGGACGAGGCCGACACCUAUAAUGGGAACGACACACUGGAAGAGGUGACGACGUCGGCCACCAACAAAACAGGGUGGCUGCGGUGGUCCAGAGUCCUGGGGAACGUUACCAAGACUGCAGGGGAGGCAGUCAAACUGCGGUGUGAGGUCUUUGGGGAUCCGCCACCCUCGAAGUUGCAGUGGUACAAGAACGAGGCUCCUCUAGAGCCGACAAAGGGCCGCGUGACCAUUCGGCCAUACACACCUGCCAAGUAUGGUAACACAGCUUUGGGGUCCAGGUUGAGGAUAUCCCCUCUAGAAGUACAUGACACAGGGUUCUACACAUGUGAGGCCACCAAUUCUGAUGUCAGAGUUGACACAACAGGCAUCCUAAAAGUUUCGAUGAACCAGUGGGGUCAAGAUCAUGCUGCGCCUCCCCUGGGGUCUUCUGUUCCUCACUUUAUUGACAGCAUGAGUCCAGACGAAGGUCUAGGCUUACCGCCUGUGGGUGGCUUGAAUGCCCCUGUGGACACAGGAGGUCUCGGUGCUGUCUUGUCUCCUCCUGUGUUCAGCGAUCCUACCAAAAUGGAACCCAAACAACCUGGUCUUGAAGCAGAACCUACAUGUCAGCCUUACCGUGGGCAGAGAUGCAUUGAUUUGAUUGGCAACAAGUCUGUUUACAUACCUGCAGGCGUUUCACAAAAGGUCAUUGAAUUCAAGCUUAAUCAGGCUUUUUCAGUCGUCUCCCAGUCAAAGGAUCUGUCCCAGAGUUGUGAGAAGUACGCUCUGCCGUCUCUCUGCUACACAGCUUUCCCCAUAUGUAGGGACGACCACACCAGACCACCUAGACGCAUCUGUCGUGAGGAUUGUGACCUGCUAGAGAAUGAGCUGUGUCAGUUGGAGUACGCUCUGGCCAAGAAACACCCUCUGAUUGGUCGUCAGAUAGAGAUGCCCGAAUGUAUGAACCUGCCAGACAUCGGCUCUCCGGACAGUGUGGACUGCCUGCAACUUGGCAUGCCUCAGCCAGAGCCUGUCAAUCCCGAUGAGAAGUGCUACUGGGGCAAGGGGGAGGGUUACAGAGGUGACCUCGCAGUGGCUGCUAGUGGCCGACCCUGUAUACAGUGGAGGAGGCAGAUGUAUGUCAAGACAUCACAACACACGUCACUGCUGGGUGGCCACAGCUACUGCCGCAACCCUGGGGCUGUGGAGAACCAACCGUUCUGCUACACAGACAAGGGCACCACACCAGAGAUCUGUGAUAUCCCUAGCUGCUUUCCAGAUUGGCAGAUGACACUGUGCCUUGUGGCUGGUGGUAUGUUGUUGCUACUGGUGCUGUUGUUGUUGUACUGUUGUUGCCGCAAGAGGAAACAACACAUAGCUCGCAACAGGCUGGCCACCACACCUGGCAUCAAGGCCAUGAAGAGCUCCCCCAACAAGAAGGGUCUGGAGAUGUCCGCUCUGAUCCCUGGCUCCAACGCCAGCAGUCUCAAGAGUGAGGCUCGGCCUCGGGUCAGGGAGUUUCACCUCUCCAACGUACGCUUCCUACAGGAGCUGGGCGAGGGAGCCUUCGGUAAGGUAUACAAAGGAGAAAUCAUUAAUGAAAACGGACCACUUCUCGUGGCUGUCAAGACUUUGAAGGAGAAUGCAACUGCUAAAACUGCACAAGACUUCAGGAGAGAGGUUGACCUGAUGUCAGAACUGAGACAUCCCAACAUUGUGUGUUUGCUGGGAGUGAGCCUGUCAGGAGAGCCUAGCUGCAUGUUGUUCGAGUUCAUGACCAGGGGAGAUCUUCAUGAGUUCCUGAUGGGUCAUUCUCCGAGAUGUGACGUCAGCAACUGCAGUGAUGAACCUCCUCUGGAUCAGUCGGACUUCAUGUACAUCGCCAUCCAGAUUGCUGCAGGAAUGGAGUACCUGUGCAGUCACCACUAUGUACAUAGAGAUCUAGCUGCCCGUAACUGUUUGGUUGGGGAGAAUCUAGUCGUUAAGAUCUCUGAUUUCGGACUGUCAAGAGAUGUUUACUCUUCAGACUACUAUAGGGUUCAAUCUAAGUCACUAUUGCCUGUGAGAUGGAUGCCUCCAGAGUCCAUACUGUACGGCAAGUUCACCACUGAGUCCGACGUCUGGAGUUAUGGUGUUGUCUUAUGGGAGAUAUACAGUUACGGUCUUCAGCCGUACUAUGGAUACAGUAACCAGGAAGUGAUAGACAUGAUCAGGUGUCGCCAGCUGCUGCCGUGUCCUGAGGACUGUCCGUCGCGCAUGUACUCGCUCAUGAUGGAGUGUUGGCACGAGGCACCGCUACGCCGGCCACACUUCCCCGAGAUACACGCCAGACUGCGCCAGUGGGCUGGGUCCACGCCACCACAGGCCAGCAGCGACCGCACUAACUCUACACAGCUCAGUCGCAACAAUCUACAAACACAUCCGUCACACCAGCUGGUCGUCAGGCUUCCCCCUCCCUACAAUAAGACUGCCACCAACAUAUGACUGUAGCCUCAGGGUCAGGAGAUGUUUGGAAGUUUUUAUUGAUUUCCCUUACUCAAUUAAGUCUGAUUUAGUCUACUUUAUGGAAAGACUCCACGCUAAGAUAUUGUAUUUUAAAGUGAUAGCAGCUUGCUUACCUGAGAAGAAGUCCAAGUUACCCCUAGUACAGACAGAAGACAUAGAAAACACACAUACACUGUUAUCUGUUUUCUUUGUGUACUCUGGCCCACUAGAACUUUUCCUUAGGUAAGUUUUUAUUAUCUUUGUUCAAAAAAACUUAGUCUACUCUUUCCAGGAUAAAGACAUUACCAUAACUCCAGUACGCUUUUACUGAGCCUAUAAAACCAAAAGACAAUGAAGAAAAGUAAUUACACGCUCAAAUCUUAUUAUUAGAAUUAAUUGUAAUAUUAGCUUGAAUAUUGAUUAAGAAAUUGUCAAAAUUACAGUUGUUUUAAAAUAUGUCUAGCCUAGAAAAUAAUCAUAACUUUUAGCUGUUUGAUCAAAUAUUACAUAAAAGGCACAAUGCGUGAUAAAAACAACUCAAAAUUAGUGAUAAUUCCCUAAAUCAAAAUCAAUUUAUUUGUCCUUUUAAAUUGUUAGAAUCAUCAGUUGCUAAAAGAUUUUAAAAAUUGCCAAGUAAAAUUGCAUGAUUUUUAAUUAAAGUUAUUUUGUCCUCUAUUAACCAACUAUCAAUGUCAAAUUAAAAUACCAAGAGAUAUUUAAGAAAAAUAUCAAAUCCAAUACUUCACUGCUUAUAAAAGUCUAAGGAACGCACAGUCACAAUACCUAGUUUACUUUAGUGAUACAUUUUAGACAUUUAUAUAUUAAGAUUAUGUAGAAAACAGACAUCAAUGUAUUUAAUUAACAUAACAGUAUUCUUUUAGUCCAUGUUCAAAAGUAGUGUCUAAAGGUUACUUUAUAAAAGAACAAGGUAGUGUGCCAUUUGCUAUUAGGAACAUGUUUAAUUUUAGUGUGGAAUCCCUGGGAGUUAUGUUGCCUAAGUUAAACAUACCACUUUCACAAAAGAUGCUAAGCUAAGUAAGUAGAACUCCAAUCAUCCGAAUCAAUUGGAUUUGUACCCCAUUCAGAUGAUGACAAAUUUUUAUAAUUAAUUGAAUAAAAAAAAAUCUUGAUUUGGCAGAAAGUUCUUAAAUAGGCCAAGCUUUUACUAUUACGAUUGCAGGAUGCGUCUCCAAAUAUCCCGUGACAAAAAAAUUUACGUUUAUGCUGCGAUCAAAGAGGACGAUUAUGACUUAUGACCGUGGGAGACGACAAUGUAGGUAUAUAAGACAGAGGGAGAUAUUAAAGCUACGGUCACAGAAAAACACGUUUCUGUGACCACGGGGGACGAUAAUUAUGUCUAAAGGACCACAGUGCAUGUGCAAGAUUUGACGGCUAUAGCAAAAAACGAUGACAAUGUUUCGAUGACUGCAGGAGACGAUGAUGAUGCCUACUCGACCACAAGAGAGGUUUUAAAUUUGGCCCCAAUCACAGCUUCUGACUUUAAUAACAAUUCUUAUUUGUGUUACACAAUUUAAUAAAUUAUUUCUGUUAAACGAUUCAGAUAAUCGAGGAUACAGAUAGCUGAAGUUCAGAUAAUUGAAGGUCUACUUUAUUGUUCAAGAGAAUUGAAAUACUUUUUUUUAUUACAAAACAUUGGAUUUAGCCAUUCUGUACUAAAUUAAAUCUAAUCAGUGCCGUAUCAAAUAAAUAUGGGUCAUAUUUAGGAUGCAUAUUUUUUUAUUUGCAUAAUUUACAAUUCAAUUCAAAUAAAUCACAGGAAAAAGUCUUAAAUAGAAAAUAGUUCUAACCUGUAAUUUACUAUCAAACAGUAAAGCAAUUGUUUUCAACAGUAAAGCACAAUUUUACCAACAGGCCUACUGUUAGUUAUUUACGCAUAAUUUUACUUAGUAUUAUUUGUAAUUUAGCAUGUACAUAGCUGUAAUUAUGUAUAUAUGUGAAUAAUUUAGGUAUAUAUUAUAGCAAUUUUAGUUUUUUUAUGAAAUGAUUUUAACCAAAGUUUGAAUUAUUUAUACUAUUUAUUUUAUACUGAUAUUUUGCCAUGUAGUUUUACAUUUUGGUAAUGUAUAGUCUUAUUUUACAAUAAUGUUCAAGUGAAACAUGUAAAUAUAUGAUUGUACAUGCAAAGAUUCAAGAACACGUUCCUGUAAUAAGAGUUGUGUGGGUACUGUGAACAUCAGUGUGAAUUAUUUGUAACUAACUGAAUGUUGUGUAAUGAAUUGCUUAUUUUUUUUCAUGGGAUCAAAAUGAUAAGGUCUUACCAUAUACAAGUUGGUACAUCAAUUUUUUAGGAAUGUUAAUAAUUUGUUUAUUCUUUACCUUUUGCAUUUGAAAGUACAGUAGGGCCUUUAUAUUAAAAAGGUUUUGUUACUUAAUCAAAACGCUCACUUAUUUUUAUUGUUUCUUGUUGUUUUUAAUAAAACCAAAUAAUAAUUAUUUAUAUCUAAAAUUUAGCUUUUAAGAUUUAU